AUGGGUCGAUACCGCCGAUUUCGAUUUACGUCAAGAGCAACUGAUUCCUGUCUCAACCCUCGGGAUUCUGGAUACCAGUCCAACGACACAUCUGAAGACUUUCCAUGGGACAUCGAAACCGAGACACCUCCGAGGCGCAAACGGCAUUUGGAGCCCUCCGACUAUCACCUUUACUUGGACGGCUCUGGAGCAGAGGACAACAGAGACUCAGAUGAUGAGGAGAAGACUCUUCCACCACUGCCAAGCAAGUCACGUCCAGAGGUGAACUCUUCGCCCAGGGAUCUCCCUAACCCAUCUCUUGUAACGCCAAUCAAGCGAGGACGGGACUCAGCAAGCUCGCCGCAAUAUGUCACCGGCUCUGUCAGGACUGCAGAUCGAUAUGUACCCCAUCGUGACCCAGAGACCCCUCCAUCGGAGAGGCUACGGGUUACCAAGGAGGUAGAAGCAUUGUCCCCUACCGAAAGACUGCUGAGGCACCAAAGCGCUGCACCAGACCCUUUCCAAAGACCUCAGCAGCAAGCCAUAUCUUUGGCGUCUAGCUUUCGUUCUAUAUCUGGUGCAUCAUUUGGUCUUCCCUCGGUAUUGUCAGUGAAUCCCCGAAAUCAAAAUCAAAGACCAGCAAGCAGUGGUGUUAUCUGGACCGUUGGUGGCUUAGCUCCUCCAUCCCCUGGGACUGCUGUGGACGACGGCCGUGGCCACUAUCUUCGGAGUGGCUCAAACGCUCGAAUGAUUACUACCAACUUUGCCACUGCUCGUAUCAAGAAGAAAGAGGACCUUGAGCGAUAUGAAGGUAUCCUUGCCGCCGCUUUACAAAUAAAUCAAGCUUCAAGGGUCCUGGACUUUACGCACAUUACCUCUCCAAGUUGGAAGCGGGAACAAAAGAGCCAGGCAUCACCACUGGAAUCGAAGACGUACUGGAAUGGGACCAAGUGGGUGAGUCCCGAAAAAGCUUCAGGACUUCAAGACGACUACUACAACUCGAUACUAGCAUUCUCACCAACAUGUGAUGCUCUAGCUGUCGGAUUGGCCAGCUCAGUGUACAUAUGGUCAGAAAAGCUCGGUGCGUCACUCUUCGAGGGCGGCUUAGUGCAGACUGAAGACCUUGUCGUAGGCGAUAUGCAAGGCAACAUUCUCUAUUACACUGUAGAAUGGCCAGAAUCUUGGGAGGUGGAAAGAAGCGGGUGGGCAGGCACCAUGACGCUGGUGGCCAACAUUGCUGUCCAUACUCAGCAGAUUUGUGCUCUCGUCUGGGCGCCCAACGGCCGGGACUUCAUAUCAGGAAGCAACGACAACACGGCAUGCUACUUUGAGAUUCAGCGAAUGUUGCGAAGACGUACCAGAAAAUCUCGCACUUCAUCCGCAGAUCUAGUUAUCGAAAAACAGGAGCCGACGAAAGUGGAUGCCCAAGGAAACAGCACACAGCUGAACAAUCUCAUCGCAACGGGCGGAGGGUCAAGCGACAAGUGCAUUCACUUCUGGCACGCCACAACAGGCGUGCCAUUGGCAACCAUCGCCGUGUCGGCGCAGGUCACAUCGUUGAUUUGGUCAAAGACGCGGCCCGAAAUAGCGGCAACAUUUGGUUUUGCAACGCCAGAUCAUCCCUAUCGUAUUGCCGUCUUCAGCUGGCCGUCAUGUAAGCAGGUUGGAGCUAUCGCGUGGGAAAAUGGGCCGCGAGCUCUGCAUGCCAUUGCCUACCCUGGAGUACCCAGCGAUGUACGGAGAGGAAGUCGGACGUGGAAAGAAGGAGUCAUCGUCGUGGCCACAAGCGACGAGAACAUCCGAUUCCACGAAAUAUGGCAGGGAGAGCCGAGGAGAACGAUGGGUGGUGUUGGCAUGUUGGGUUACAGCGAUAUUCUUGAAGGGCUUGACGGCAUUGAUAAAGAGGGGGUUUUAAGCUCGGUUUUGAGAGGUGAGGACAGCGAGCUCAUUGCAACUCAGAAGUCGCAGAUUCUGCAUCCAAUUGGUACGCAAGUCGCUAGACAACAAUUCGUUUCUAUCCGCUUCAAAAAGAGAGACCUGGUCACCAUGUCCAACUUGAACCAGCUCUACCUCCUUGCCGACCACAUCAAGCUCUCCCUCCUCGAGCGCCAGCGCGCCCAGUCCCUGGACCUCGAUGCAGACACGCAAGACGGCCACAUUUCACGCUCGCUGGAUCAGUUCCGCGAUGGUUUGGAGUCUCUAGACUCUGAGGCCAAGCGUCUCCAGGACGCUGGCGAUGAGAGUGCCGCACAAAACAUCACCGACUCCCUUCCCGCCCUGCAGAAGCAGUUCUCGGACCUCACUUCCCAAUUCCACGGUUUCUCCAACCCAUCUACUUCGACGACCACCACUACCCCGAACGACCCGUCGCUCUCUCCCGACUUUUCGGCAGCGCAGUCUACCAAGCCCCUUAAAGGCUCUCUUCGCGGCCUCCCUGGCUCUGCCGCCGGGGGUAACAAAACAGUCCGCUUCACUGACUCCCCUGCCCCAGCAGGCGAGGAUCCCAAUGCUGCAGCCCUCUUUGGCGAAGGCCGCUACCGCGAUGACCCAACCGACACGGCGGGAUACCGCGACCAGGCCGAGGGGCUGGAUAAUCAGCAGCUGCACGCAUACCACACGCAAAUUAUGCGCGACCAAGACGACCACUUGGACCGGUUGGGCGAGUCUAUCGGACGCCAGCGGGAGCUGAGCAUGCAGAUCGGUGAUGAGCUUGAUUCACACGUUGCUAUGCUUGACGAGGUCGACGACGUGGUCGAUCGUCACCAAGGGAGGUUGGACCGCGCGCGCAGGCAACUGGGUCGGGUUGCUCGGGAUGCUGGGGAGAGCAAGCAAAUGAUUGCGAUCAUCGUGCUCAUUAUUAUUCUGAUUUUGUUGAUUGCUAUUCUGAAAUGA